UGUAGGUUCGUGUUGGCGUGAACGCAGUCAGAUCGUUGUGUGGUCUCGUGGUGGUGGUGGUGUGCAGAGUUGGUCUGCGGGCGAUUUGCGCCAGUACGUGAGUGAGUGUGUCUGUGCUAGUAGUGGCCGUGUCACGGGAUCGACUCUUCAUCGCUGCGAUUUUUGUAACAGAGUUUUGGCGCAGUAUCGAGGAGCAUCGCAGUCCGUGUAACGCGCCAGGACCGAUACGCCGCCGCCAGAUUUAGGUGACCACAGGGAGUGGAUGAUGGUAAAGGAGAAAAAGGGCAGAUAGCAGUGUACAACAGAACGCCAGCAUGACAUUCGAAUCCAUGGACCGGUUCUGCGGUUCGCCGUUUUGGGAUACCAACUUAACAUGGCACACAGAGGAUCCUGAUUUGACAGAUUGCUUCCAAAGGACUGUUCUUGUUUGGGUACCUUGUGUUUUUCUCUGGACUUUUUCUGCUUUGGAGACCUACUACCUGUUAAGCAGCAAAACAAGGAAUGUUCCAUGGAACUGGCUGAAUGCAACAAAACUAGUCAUUACAUUAAUUUUAGUUGUACUGACAGUCGCAGAUCUGGGGAAUGCAUUUCAUCUGAUUUCACUGAACGAGGAUGUGCAUCCAGUAGACAUAUUCGUUCCUAUAAUCAAAAUUAUGACAUUUUGCCUAGCUGGUGCUCUCCUCUUCUACAACCGUAAAAGAGGCAUGCGAACAUCGGGAUUGCUGUUCCUAUUCUGGUUACUCCUUGCAAUUUGUGGUGCAGUGCAGUACCGUGCACAGAUAGCAUUAACUUAUGAAAACACAUUUGAACCAGCAUUUUCAUUCAUUUCAUAUAUGAUAUAUUACCCUCUAAUAUUGGUGAUAUUAGUCCUGAGUUGUUUCGCCGAUGCCGCUCCAAGAUUCUCUGAAUAUCCUACAGUUGAGAAACCGUGUCCUGAAGGAAGUGCAUCAUUCCUCUCAAGAAUUCUCUAUACGUGGUUUGACAGGUUAGCUUGGAAAGGUUUCAGAAAGCCACUGGAAAUGAAAGAUUUGUGGAAUAUGAACCCAGAAGACACUGCUAGGGAAGUGCUCCCUCAAUUUGAUAAGCACUGGGAAAAGACUCUGCAAAAGACUGCUAAUGCUCGUGCUCCCAAAGCAUCAUUUCACAAAAAUGCUGCUAGUGUUGACUUUGUGGGAACACAAUCUAAAAUGAAAUACCAGGCAUCCAUCCUACCAGCUAUUUGCAAGGCAUUUGGUCCUACAUUUCUUUUUGGUGCGUGCCUCAAAUUCGUACAAGAUGUUCUCACGUUUGCGAAUCCCCAGAUAUUGAAGUUGCUCAUCUCCUUCGUGGAAGGAAAUGAGCCUAUGUGGAAGGGAUACACUUAUGCAGGUCUUAUGUUUGCAACAGCAGCAGUGCAAACACUGGUGCUGGCACAGUACUUUCAUCGUAUGUUCAUCGUUGGACUCCGUGUCAGAACUGCAGUGAUAGCAGCAGUUUACAGAAAAGCACUUCGCAUGUCAAACUCGGCAAGAAAGGAAUCAACAGUUGGAGAAAUUGUUAAUUUGAUGUCAGUGGAUGCCCAGAAACUAAUGGAUCUUACCACCUAUCUGAAUAUGAUUUGGUCUGCUCCUUUACAGAUCGCACUAGCCCUGUAUUUUCUCUGGGAUAUCUUAGGUCCAUCCGUGCUUGCUGGUCUCGCAGUCAUGAUAAUCAUGAUACCGCUUAAUGCCUAUGUAGCAAAUAGAGUAAAAACACUUCAGAUGCGUCAAAUGAAAUAUAAAGAUGAAAGGGUAAAACUUAUGAAUGAAGUCCUAAAUGGGAUGAAAGUUUUAAAACUGUAUGCUUGGGAGCCAUCAUUUGAACAAGAGGUUUCAAGAAUAAGAAAUAAAGAAAUCAAAGUACUGAAGCAAUUGGCAUAUCUCAAUGCAAUAACAUCAUUUAUAUGGUCCUGUGCUCCUUUCCUGGUAUCCCUAACAACCUUUGCCACAUAUAUUAUGUGGGAUGAGAAAAAUGUUCUGGAUCCCGAGAAGGCAUUUGUAUGCCUAACCCUGUUCAACAUGAUCCGUAUGCCCUUGACCAUGCUUCCUAUGUUAAUAGUGUUUGUCGUACAGGCAAAUGUGUCAAUAAAGAGAAUGAAUAAGUUCAUGAAUUGUGAAGAACUGGACCCCAAUAAUGUUACACAUGAUUAUUCUGACAAAUAUCCUCUUGUCAUGGAAAAUGGUACCUUCAGCUGGGGCCCUGAUGAAAGCCCAGUAUUAAGAAGCAUUAAUCUGCAAAUCAAACAGAGUUCAUUGGUAGCUGUUGUUGGAACUGUUGGUGCAGGAAAGAGUUCACUGGUUUCAGCAUUUCUUGGUGAAAUGGACAAAAUUACUGGCAGGGUUAACACCAAGGGUUCAAUUGCUUAUGUACCACAGCAGGCAUGGAUACAGAAUGCUACUUUGAAGGACAACAUUCUGUUUGGUAAAUCCUUAGAGCAGUCUUCAUACCUUCGAAUAGUAGAUGCAUGUGCGCUUAAACCUGAUCUUCAGAUGCUACCGGGUGGUGACCAGACAGAAAUUGGAGAAAAGGGUAUAAAUUUGAGUGGUGGUCAGAAACAGAGAGUCAGUUUGGCUAGAGCAGUUUAUAGCAAUGCUGAUAUAUAUUUUCUAGAUGAUCCUCUCAGUGCUGUUGAUAGUCAUGUUGGAAAGCACAUCUUUGAAAAUGUUAUUGGACCAACAGGAUUACUGAAAAAGAAGACACGAGUGCUGGUGACACACAGUAUAACAUUCCUGCCAGAGGUAGACCUCAUUGUAGUUCUUAAAGAUGGUGAAGUUACUGAGAUUGGUGCUUAUAAGGAGUUGCUUGAAAAGAAGGGUGCAUUUGCAGAGUUCCUUGUGCAGCAUCUUCAGGAGGCUGCCACAGAUGAAGGCGAUGGAGAGCUUGAAGAGAUCAAACAACAGUUGGAGACUACAAUUGGUGCUGAAGAACUAUCACAAAAAUUGAAGCGAGCAAGGUCACGAGUUUCAGAAAGUCACAGUGAUAGUGGCUCAAUUGGUGAUAAAAAUUCACUUUCAGUGUCAGGAUCAGUAUACAGGCAAAACUCAAUAGAGAGUAGCACUGAGAAGAGUAAUAGCCUAAAAAGAGCCAAUAGUGUUGAGAAGAAUAAUGUACUUGUUAAAUCAGUGCAGCCUGGGGAGAAGCUUAUAGAAAUUGAGAAAGCAGAAACAGGAAGUGUGAAAUGGGCAGUUUAUUCACAUUACCUGAAAUCUGUGGGCAUAUUUCUCUCAUUGGCCACAAUAUUAUUUAACUUUGUAUUUCAAGCAUUUUCAAUUGGUACUAACAUCUGGCUAUCUGUCUGGUCAAAUGAUGCUGAUUAUGUUGCUAACACUUCAGAUACAGCGAAGAGGGAUCUCUACUUAGGCGUAUACGGAGCACUGGGUUUUGGGCAAGUAAUCUUUUUACUCCUGUCAUCAUUGACUACAUUUAUUGGUGCUCUGAGUGCUGCCCAUAUCAUCCACUACAGUUUGCUUUCAAAUAUAAUGCGGACACCAUUAUCAUUUUUUGAUAUAACACCUGUCGGAAGGAUUAUAAAUAGAUUCUCUAAAGAUAUAGACACAUUGGAUACUGUUCUACCACAUAACAUAAGGGGUCUGGUGAACUGCUUUUUUGGGGUGCUUCAACCAUCCGAGCAUAUGGUGUGCAGCAGCGGUUCAUUCGAGAAAAUGAGAAUAAGGUGGAUGUGAAUCAAGUGUGUUAUUAUCCCAGCAUUAUUGCAAACAGGUGGCUUGCUGUCAGAUUAGAGAUGAUUGGCAAUUUAAUAAUACUAUUUUCAUCACUGUUUGCGGUCUUGGGUCGUGAUUCCAUAAAUGCUGGAAUAGUGGGACUGUCUGUCAGCUAUGCACUCCAGGUAACACAAACUCUAAACUGGUUGGUAAGAAUGACGUCAGAUGUAGAGACAAAUAUUGUGGCAGUGGAAAGAAUAAAAGAAUAUGGCGAAACUCCUCAGGAAGCACCGUGGGAAGUACCUGCAACACAACCACCUAAUGACUGGCCUUCAAAAGGGGAAGUGCAGUUCAAAGACUACAAAGUGCGCUACAGGGAGGGCCUCGAUUUGGUAUUGCAUGGAAUUACAUUCAGUGUGUCUGGAGGAGAAAAGGUGGGUAUAGUGGGCAGAACUGGAGCAGGCAAGUCUUCACUGACAUUAGCACUGUUCCGCAUCAUAGAACCAGCUGGUGGCUCGAUUGAAAUUGAUAAUGUUGAUGUAACCAAGCUGGGAUUACACGCUCUGCGGUCACGUCUCACUAUCAUCCCUCAAGAUCCAGUUUUAUUUUCUGGGACAUUACGUCUCAAUCUCGAUCCUUUCAAGAAGCAUUCAGAUGAGGAGGUAUGGCGUGCACUUGAACAGGCUCAUUUGAAGGCUUUUGUGAAGGGUUGUGCUGCAGGCCUCAAUCACGAGGUUACUGAAGGUGGUGAAAAUCUCAGUGUUGGGCAACGCCAACUGGUUUGCUUGGCCAGAGCUCUACUGCGAAAGACAAAGGUGUUAAUUCUUGAUGAGGCUACGGCUGCUGUUGACCUUGAGACUGAUGAUUUGAUACAGCAAACAAUACGCACAGAAUUUGAACACUGCACAGUCCUGACAAUCGCUCACAGGUUAAACACAAUCAUGGACUACAACAGAAUUAUUGUUUUAGACAAAGGAAAAGUUGUAGAAUUUGAUUCACCUCAGUCACUGUUAGAGAACAGGACAUCCAUCUUCUACAGCAUGGCUAAAGAUGCAGGCUUAGCAUGAGUUCACUAAACAAGAAUUAUUGAGGAGAAGAAGAGAGAAAUGUGCUCCUCCAAUUCAUAACGUGCAUCAUAUCCAACUGCAUCUUUCAAGAGAAGCAUGGUUAGCAGCAAACCAUGAUGACUUCCAGAAGAAAGCAUUUAAGCACACAAACAUACUAUGUUGACAGUAUUGUUGUUUGUUUUUGUUCAGGAUACAGAAAACAGUACAAAAUCAGGAAUCAGAGAUGCUACUUGGUAUCCAUCAUUUCUCUUCAUAAGUGUAAAUUAUUAUUUAAUCUUAUGCCGUACAGGAUUUUUAACAGAAAAACUUAUCACGAUUGUCAAGAAACGAGCCCUUUUUCUCAGGCUCAUCACAGCACAUUAUUUUUUUUUUAAAAAUUUUCUUUAAUCAGCUGCUCGAUUCUCCACUUCAGCACAUAUUUUUGAGAGCAAUGUUUCUAAUAUCAAAAGUUAAUGUUUUUUACAAUGAUAUCAUUUCCAUUGCGAUUUAAACUUUUAACAUCCUUUGUACAAGAUGUCUUUGUUUUGAUUUUCUUUUAUAUUUAUGAUUCGUUGAUUCAUUUACGAACACACCUCUUGUAACUGGUCCUCGUUAUUUUAAUGCCAUCUCCUCUUUUGUCAUUGAUUUUUGUGAUGUAAGCAAAUAUUUCUAUUUUUUUAUGGUUGCAGUGGCAAUAGGAGGUGAUGUCUAAUUUACUUUCAGUACUUAAAUUCGAGUGCGCAUCCAAAGCAGUAAAAUGGCACUGUACUUCAUUGUUUUACACAUUUGGACAGUUAAUUGAUUCAUUCCAUAGUUCAUUGUAGUGAGCAAUUACAACAUUGGAAAGUGUAAUUGCUCAUUUCCAUAAUGAAGUGAAACAAAAAUGUGAAAGCUUGUUGCUGUAUGACUGUGCUGCUGUGCCAGAUAAGAUUCAUAAUCAUCUCCCGUUUUUUAUUGUAGUACUUAUUACAAUUGUACUUAUUUAUUUUGUGUUCAUCAGUGUUAGUUUUGCCAGACACACAUUACAUCACAGGACAUUUGUGUAAAUGUACAUGAAUUAUUAUUAUUACUAUUAUUAUUCCUGUCAGGCAGUCAUAGUGAACAUAUAUUUGUGAUGUAUGUUGUGUGCUUGAAAAGUAAAACUGUAUUCUUUGGUGUGUCAGAAGGAAACAAGUGCCUGCUGCAUGUGAUACAGUGUGUUUGUGACAAGAUUUUGCCAUGAAAUUGUGAUAGACCAUGUACUUCAUAAACUGCCUUAAAGGAAUGCCAGUAAAUUGUGAUAUCUGAAAGCUGUGUAUGUAACUGUUUUUAUACAAUUCAUUCUCGUUUUAGAAAAUAUUUUCUCUGAAUUGUCUACGUAUAUUACACCCAUUUGAUACUUCUGUUUCAAAUAAAAAAAAUGAAUUCUUGAAUAAA